AUCACGAAUAUAACUAAACAUAUUUGUAUGUCAAAAGCAUUAUUUUGAAGUCUUUGUAAACUAUUUUAUUAUUUUUGAGCUUUAGUUGUUUGUUAAUUUCUAGCAAUGAUAUCUGAAGUUCAACCUGGGGACUGUCUGUCACCGAACAUAAGUAGUGAAGACAAUUUAAAGGAGAGUGCAACGAAGCAAUUGGAUACAAAAUUUACACCUAAAUCGUUGCAGCAGUAUUUUAUUGACAAUCAAAUAUUUCCGAAUCUCUCAUGCGUUGACACAGAUGAAGAAGAAUCAACAUUAGAUGAUCCCAAAUCAUUACGCCUAGAAAAUAAAAGUUUGUCUUCGGAAACGCUGUGCAUUAAUAAUUACGGUUGCCCCAAGAAUAAUGCGGAAAGUGUCUCAAUAAGUGUCGCUAACAGAAGUUCAUUUUAUUCGAGUGCAGCAAAACAACAUGCCCAGAACAAAACAUUGGUGUCGCAUCAAAGUGCCAAGAUUGACAUGGCUCGAAUGUAUGAAAUGGUACAGGACAUUACAAAGUGCAACUUUGGGAGGAAUGCCCCAUCAAAGUCGGACAGUAUUUCGGUGGCUCACCAUUUGGCAAUUGAGUAUGGUCGGCCCCUAACUUCCACAGAGUUGAUGAUCAUCUCGAUAAAAAAGUUUUGGUUCGAUAAUUUGGAACUGAAAAUUGGCGAUUCUUUUAUGCAUGUCGAUCGAUAUUUAUUCCUUUAUCAUUUCAAUGCUUUUAAAGGGAAUCCCAAUCUAUACCUGGAGCUACCCAGCCAUAAAGUGCCCAUGAAUCUAAUGGCCAAAUUGUAUCAUUGGUUUAUCGAUGAUAAUUAUAUGUUCCCUCUCGGUGAUGAUUUCUUAGCCAUAUAUGAGAUGGCCAAAUUCCUUGACUUACGUCGCCUCUUAGAACAGUUCUGGUUUACUUUUUCAACGAGUUCAAGUGAGGGAUUUUGGGAACAAGGUGCAUUUAAGGGCUAUCUAGAUGCACGUCAAAUGCCAUGCCCUGAUAUGAUGUCUAUUUUUCUAACUCGAAUACGCAAGUGUUUUCUUCCACUAGUCGCUUCCAUCGAGUUUCUUCAGUUGGAUGUGAACGAGUUGAUCUUUCUUUUUAAACUGGAUACUAUAAGUGUCAACUGUGAGGACGAAAUAUUCUUUACUGCUGUGCGUUGGCUAGAGUACGACUGGUCGGAGCGUAAAAAACACAUUGUAGAGAUCAUGAACCAUAUUCGUUUUCGGUUGAUAUCGCCCUGGCUGCAACGAUCCUUGCUGUAUCAUCCGGAGAACCAAAUGCUCCACGAGUUGGCCGCCAAGGAUGAAGUCAAGGCCUUGCUUUGGGAAGCGUGUCUGUUUGGAACAGCUAUUCUUGGUGCCAAAAAGUUUCCCGAUUCUUGUGACAAAUUGAUAAUGCAUCAUUACAAUAAAGUUAUAGAAAUGCAACGUUUCUGGGUCUAUUGUCCGGGCGUUCCUCAUCACCAUGAUAUCAAGUGCACGCAGUUCCGGCCGCUUACCUAUGAAACAUUCAAUCAUUUUUUAACUUGUCUUCAGUCGAAUAGCCAAACUUUUAUGGAUACAAUCAGGUGUUCGCCUCAAAAACAGUGGGUUAGCUAUGAAUGCUGCAACAGUGAUCGUAAUGUAAGCUGUAGAAUUAUUCCUCACAUGUAUAAAAUGUCACGAAAAUGUAAUUAAAAAUAUAUUGAAAAAUAUAUAAAUUAUUUGGACACAUAUUGGCAUUUCCUGGGGUCGCGAACGUA